GGGCUACGACUGGGGCUCUUCAAACCUGAUGGAUCAAAGUGGGAAACACUCAGGGCAUGGCCAGCAGGGAGAUUGGCAGUUCAUAGGGUCAACCGGCUGCGGGCGGCGCUGACGGGCGGGCAGCGCGUCCAAUCAGCUGGCUCGGCGCGAGAGCCCGUCCCCGGGGACAGCCAAUGGCGGGGCAGGGGCGGGCCCUCCCCAGCUCUGUUGGCCGGGUUCCUCCUCCCCUUCGUUAGCAGCUGCGCUGAGCCCGGGACUGGACCGAGUUAGAGUUGAGACGCCGGAGGAGUAAGGCAGAGUGCGUGCGUCCCCCGCGGGGGGUUCGGUGCCUGUGGGGAGCCCUCGGGCUCCAGCCCGGUUUGGUGCAGCCUUGGCAGAGACCGGCGAGGAGAGGGAGCUCCAUUAACACACAGCUUUUGCAGAAGGUAGCAAGUUGAUACAAGAAGAACAGGCACCCCACAGGAAGGAAAAUAAAAGGUCUUGGAGCAACUUAUUAAGGUAAACAGAUUGCAGUGGAUUUCUGGAUGGCAGGUCUGGAAUGGACACAAGUUCUCUGGGAGGAUUAGAACUGUCUGAACAUACUCCUGACCUACUAGCAAAUACCACCAUGGCAGCAGGUCUUGCAAAUGUAGGAAAUACAUUUUCUGGUCCCCCGAGUUCUUUAGUUUCUAGACCGAGUAAAUUCCAGAACUCUGCUAUAGAAGAUGACGAUGAUGUCGUUUUUAUUGAACCUGUACAAACACCACAAAAUUCUACAUCACUGAUUGCAGAACAAAGGAACACUGCGUUUGCAUUGUCAAAAAAUGACGAACUUCAAGGAGAUGAUUGCAAAAUGCUUCCUCCUCCGAAAGACUUGAAUUCUCAAAAGGGGAGUAUAAGUGAAACUAUUAUUAUUGAUGAUGAAGAAGAUAUUGAAACAAAUCAAGGGCAAGAGAAGAAUGCUUCCAGUUUUAGUGAGCGAAGACUUCCAGAGUGUAAAAACAGAGCCAACGAUAUGGAUUUCUCAGCUUCCAGUUUUUCAAGAAGUAAGGUAAAUUCAGGAAUUGGUAAUAGUGGUAUAUCCACAGAACCAGACUCUGACAUUCAGAUUGCUAAUGUAACUACAUUAGAAACAGGUGCUAUGAGCUCUGUGAGUGAUGGUCAUGUAGAAAAUUCUGAAGGGCGUGACAUGAACUUAAUGAUUACGCAUGUAACAUCAUUGCAGAAUGCCAGCUUGGGAGAUGUAUCUAGCGGACUGCAGUCAAGUAAUUUUGGUGUUAAUAUGCAAACAUACACCCCAUCUUUAACUUCACAGACCAAGACUGGUGUAGGACCUUUCAAUCCUGGUAGAAUGAAUGUGGCUGGAGAUGUAUUUCAAAAUGGAGAAUCUGUGACUCAUCAUAAUCCUGAUUCUUGGAUAUCCCAGUCAGCUUCAUUCCCUAGAAAUCAAAAGCAACCAGGUGUGGAUUCUUUGUCACCAGUAGCAUCACUACCUAAACAGAUCUUCCAGCCUUCUACUCAGCAGCCACCACCUUCUAAACAGGUUAAAGUUACAUGUGCAAACUGCAAAAAGCCUUUGCAAAAGGGACAAACUGCUUAUCAACGGAAAGGAUCGGCUCAUCUUUUUUGUUCUACUACCUGCCUCUCAUCAUUCUCACACAAACCCACUCCAAAGAAACUUUGUGUCAUGUGCAGAAAAGAUAUAACAACAAUGAAAGGUACCAUCGUUGCUCAAGUUGAUUCAAGUGAGUCGUUCCAGGAGUUCUGCAGUACAUCAUGUUUAUCCUUCUAUGAAGAUAAACAGAAUCCCUCAAAAGGAGCUUUGAAUAAAUCAAGAUGCACUAUCUGUGGUAAACUAACCGAGAUUCGUCAUGAAGUUAGCUUUAAAAAUAUGACUCAUAAGCUGUGUAGUGACCACUGCUUCAAUAGAUACAGGAUGGCAAAUGGUUUAAUAAUGAAUUGCUGUGAGCAUUGUGGGGAGUAUUUGCCCAGUAAAGGAGCUGGAAACAAUACUCUUACUAUUGACGGUCAGCAGAAAAGGUUCUGCUGUCAGAACUGCGUUGGUGAAUACAAGCAGAAAUAUGGCAAAUUAACAUCUUGUACUGGCUGCAGAGCUCAGUGCAGGUUUUUUGACAUGACUCAGUGCAUAGGACCUAAUGGAUAUUUGGAGCCAUACUGCUCAACUGCAUGCAUGAACACACACAAAUCAAAAUAUGCAGAAUCACAAAGUAUGGAAAUUAUUUGCCACUUUUGUAAACGAAACUCUUUACCUCAGUAUCAAGCCACAAUGCCUGAUGGAAAACUGUACAACUUUUGCAGUUCCAGUUGUGUAGCUAAAUUUCAGGCUCUCAGUGUUCAGUCUUCAACAAAUGGUCAGUUUGUGUCUCCUGGUGAUAUUCAAUUGAAAUGCAAUUAUUGCAAGAGUUCUUUUUGUUCAAAGCCAGAAGUACUAGAAUGGGAGAAUAAAGUGUAUCAAUUCUGCAGCAGAGCAUGUUCUGAUGAUUAUAAGAAACUACACUGCAUAGUUACAUACUGUGAAUACUGUCAAGAGGAGAAAACACUGCAUGAAACGGUGAAUUUCUCUGGCAUCAAAAGACCAUUUUGUAGUGAAGGCUGCAAGCUGCUAUAUAAACAAGACUUUGCAAGACGGUUAGGACUGAGAUGUGUUACUUGUAAUUACUGCUCACAGCUGUGCAAAAAGGGAGCAACUAAGGAACUUGAUGGUGUAGUGAGAGAUUUCUGCAGUGAAGAGUGCUGUAAAAAAUUUCAGGACUGGUACUACAAGGCUGCACGGUGUGACUGUUGUAAGUCACAAGGAACUCUCAGAGAGAAAGUGCAGUGGCGUGGAGAAAUGAAACACUUUUGUGAUCAGCACUGUUUGCUCCGUUUCUACUGUCAACAAAAUGAACCAAAUCUGGCAACCCAAAAAGGACCAGAGAACUUACAAUACGAUCAGGGCUGUCAAACUCCUCGAACAAAAAUAACAGGGUCAGCGCCACCACCUUCCCCAACACCUAACAGGGAGAUGAAGAACAAGGCAGUUCUGUGCAAGCCUUUGACAAUGACGAAAGCCACGUACUGUAAACCUCAUAUGCAGACAAAGUCUUGUCAGACAGAAGAUGAUUGGAAAAAAGAAUAUGUCCCAGUGCCUAUUCCUGUACCCGUCUAUGUCCCGGUGCCUAUGAACAUGUAUAGCCAAACUGUUCCUGUUCCUACAUCGAUUCCUGUUCCUGUGCCAGUUCCCAUUUUCUUGCCCACUACUCUGGACAGCACUGAGAAAAUCUUCACAGCAAUAGAAGAACUGAGGGGGAAAGCGCCCUCAGAUCCUCUGGAAACGGACCUACUGACCUUGUCAGGGAUGGUGCCUGAACGUGAGGGAAAAGCAGAAGUUUCUGAUGCAGCCAGUGUGAUAGUUGAGUCAAAUCUACUAAAUUCAGAAACAGAGGCAUGGACAAGCUUGCCAGAUGUUCCAUAUGAGCCAGACCUUGAUAUUGAAAUAGACUUUCCAAGAGCAACUGAAGAGCUUGAUACAGAAAAUGAGUUUUUAUUGCCUCCUGUUUUUGGGGAGGAAUAUGAGGAGCAGCCAAGGCCUCGUUCCAAAAAGAAGGGAGUGAAGAGGAAAGCAGUGUCAGAGUACCAGUCUCACGAUGAUAGCUCUGAAAACUCAGAGUGUAGUUUUCCGUUCAAAUACACAUAUGGUGUGAAUGCAUGGAAGCACUGGGUAAAGUCUCGGCAUUUAGACGAAGAGCUUCCGGAAUUAGAGGAACUGAAAUCAACAAAGUCUGUGAAAUUAAAGGAAGAUCUAUUAUCACAUACUUCAGCUGAGUUAAACUAUGGGUUGGCCCAUUUUGUCAAUGAAAUUCGAAGGCCUAAUGGAGAGAACUAUGCACCUGACAGCAUCUAUUAUCUGUGUCUUGGGAUUCAGGAGUAUUUAUAUGGAAGUAAUCGAAAAGACAACAUAUUUAUUGAUCCAAUCUACCAGACGUUUGAACAAGAGUUAAAUAAAAUCCUUAGAAGUUGGCAACCAAGCAUACUUCCAGAUGGAUCAAUAUUCUCUCGAGUGGAAGAGGAUUAUCUAUGGAGGAUUAAACAGCUAGGGUCACAUUCACCGGUUGCUCUUCUGAAUACUCUGUUCUACUUUAACACCAAGUAUUUUGGUCUGAAAACAGUGGAGCAGCACUUAAGACUUUCUUUUGGCACUGUUUUCAGACAGUGGAAAAAAAAUCCUCUAACAAUGGAAAGCAAAGCUUGUCUUCGAUAUCAAGUGUCUUCCCUGUGCAGAGCUGAUAAUGAAGAUAAAAUUACUACUGGGAAAAGGAAACAUGAAGAUGAUGAACCAGUAUUUGAACAAAUUGAAAACACGUCUGAUCCAGCUAGAUGCCCUGUGAAACUGUUCGAGUGCUAUCUGUCUAAAAGCCCACAGAAUCUGAAUCAGAGGACGGACAUGUUCUAUUUGCAACCAGAAUGCUCUGUCUCCUCAGAUAGUUCUGUCUGGUACACUUCCACCUCACUGGACCGCAACACUUUGGAAAAUAUGCUCGUACGGGUUCUUUUAGUAAAAGAUAUUUAUGAAAAAGACAAUUAUGAACUGGAUGAAGACAUAGAUUAAAACAAACUUCCAAAACAGUCAAGAAAACAAACAGCAUUAGAUAUAGUUAUGCUGCUAGACUUUUACUAUGGAGAACAUUUCAAGUUUACCCUUUGUUUUAUGAGUUUUGUAGCAUUGUGUACCCUCACCUGGGUAUUAACAUGUAAAUAGUCUGUGAGUGAAAGUUUCCAUUAUUCUGCGUAGUGAUGCUAGGAUACAUAACAAACACAUUUCAGAUUCUUUUUUUUAAUUUAUAUUUAUUUGACUAGGUAUGUUUGUAACUUUUUACAUUGCAAAAUAUGAAUGAGAAUGUGCCAUGUGUAAUUUUUUUUUCUCGUAGUAAGAGACAUCCAUAUUGCACAACUCUACUGUUGCAAGCUCCCUUGAAAGGACACUCUCUUUUAAUGGGUUCUUAAACCGAAUGGUUGUGUAUGGGUAGCACUACUAAAGUUUAGAACUUGCUGUGUCUUUGAGAAUUUUUAAAUAAAUUGUAAACUAAUAGGUUUUUUACUUUUUAGUUACUGAAGCCUUAUAAGGUUAUGUAGAGAGAUUCCAUCUUAUGUACCAAAAAUAGACAAAAGAGAAUGCUGUCAAUAUUGGUGUACUGUAAUGUGAAUCUAUUCUGGUGAAAACAUUUUUUUUUGUUGCCCUUAUUAAAACCUUAGUGUCCUUUCCUUAUUUGUGACUCUCUCUCAAUUGCCCCUACAAAUAAUAUAUAUAUACAUGUAUAAAUAAAUGAACAUAAGCUUAAAGCAUGUGAUCAUCAUGACAUGUAUUUUGUUUAAAAAAGGGAGACAAAAGAAAAAAAAAAUCAAAAGGAAAAAGUGGGGGGGGAAAAAAGAAAAAGAAAAAUGUCUGAUGACAAUGCUAUAUAAUUCUUUUCUGUCUUUACUUUUCCAACCAUAAAUGCUGGUACCUCAUAUCACUGUAAAUCUGUCCUUUGUAGCCUUAGCGAAAUGAAUUUUGAUGCUGUAUUACAUAAAGUAAUAUGGUAUAUUAAAUUUGAACUUGUUUGUUCUUGCAUUGCUGUACUUAAAUACAGUUAAUACUUGACAAUGGGUGGGAAAAUUCUUUUAACUAAUGCCUCCAUACAAAAGCCAUAUGACACGUGAUGUUGCAGAACGCUGAUAAAUUUUUGAAGAAAA